AUGAGUGCAGAUGAAAAGGAAGUCCUGGCAAUAGCACCCAUACCGGUACGAUGGGGAUAUCCUCCUCUGGCUUUUCUCGUUGGUAAAGACUUUGGGAAUAUUAUCAUUUCCCGUUUUGUCGUUCUUCAUAAGGAGAAAGUCUCUGGAUUUAUUACUAUGGGAAUGCCAUUUUAUUCCCCACGAACUUUGGAGCUUCAUGAAGGCCAACUCCCUGAAGGCUUCUAUAUCUCAAGAUGGAGGGAGCCUGGGAGAGCUGAAGCUGAUUUUGGUCGCUUUGAUGCGAAAACAGUAGUGAGGAAUAUAUACAUUCUUUUCUCGAGAAGUGAUGAAAUGCCAAUAGCCAAUGAUGAAAAGCAGGAAAUAAUGGAUAUUUUGCAACCUUCAACACCUUUACCCCAUUGGUUCACUGAGGAAGACUUGGCUAUAUAUGGAGCUUUGUAUGAGAAAUCUGGAUUCCAAACUCCAUUGCAAGUUCCCUAUAGGUCACUGCAUGAAGUAGUAAACAUUACAGAUCCAAGAGUUGAUGUUCCAGCAAUGUUUAUUAUGGGUGAGAAGGAGUGUUUCCUUAAAUUUCCAGGAGCUAGAGACCACCUAAGUAUUGAAGGACUCAAAAGUUUAGUACCUAAUUCACAGAUAGUCUUUGUGCCAGAAGGAUCUCAUUUUGUUCAAGAACAACUACCUGAGGAAGUUAAUCAACUCGUGCUCAGUUUCCUUACUGAAAAUAGUAAACUUCAUUAAGGCAUUGUUGUUGUGUCGUUGUUGUCGUCGUUAAUAGUGUUGUCUAUUUAAGUGUGGAUGAAUUCAUCUG